ACCGAUUUGAAUCCCCCCGAAACCGAGGCAGAGAAAGCGCCCAUAUGUCCUUUCCUUUGGGUAAAAGCCUCUCUCUAGUCUCUUCCCCCCGCUCCCCCUCUCUCUCUCUCUCUCUCUCUCUCGCUGUCUGUGCAAGUUACUUUGUCUCAUUCCCCAGCUAAUGCCAUCAUCAUUCAUCACCUAAAUCUCCCCAUUUUACUCAAAUCAACUCUCUCUCUCUCUCUCUCUCUCUCUCUCUCUCAUUAUACAUCAACUGGACUCAUUUCUCGCAAUGUGGUUAGAUCUGGACUAUUUUCGCGUGGUUUGUUGUGAUGUAAUUAGAGAAACAAUCGAGGGUUGAAGAUUUGGAGAGGGAGGGCAAAUGGGGUCGAGCGGAAGCAAGGCGUCUUCCGGUGCUGCGGCGACGUCGUCUUCAUCGGGUAGCGGUCGAACGGGUCGGUUCAGAGGGCACCGAGUUUUCCAGUCGUCUUGUCUAGGAAACACAUCUCGAUCCCGCGACUGUGAUAAUAACGAUCACCACCAGGUUUGUAAUUUUGAGAAGAAAGAAAAUGGCGAUGGUAUAGCUCCAUGUACAAAUCGGACUGAAACAGAAUCGGAUGUGUUGAAAACUGAGUGUUAUAGAAAGGUUAAAGUUGAAGAAUCUGAUGAACUGCCUUGUUUAUCCUCUAAUGAUAAUCUUGAUGAAUGGGAUCAAGUAAGGACGACUAAUACAACUUCCAGAACUGGUAGCAGCUCUGUCCAAGCUUCUUCAACUCACUCCUUGAACCCUUCUGGUCGUUUCCUUUCCCGCUUUAGUUUUAUUCCUGGUAAUGUAAGCUUCAGACUCAGCAGAGCAACCAGUUUAGGGUCAUCAAGGCCGUAUCCUGUUUCUUCUACAAGUCUCGCAAUAUUGAAUGAUGAAGAUGAGCUUCAUCUACAAGCACGACCUGCCAGCAGUUUUGUUAAUAGAAAUGAAACUCAACAAGGUAGUGACUUGCUUCCUGCAUCAUUGACUAAUAGAACAUCCCCACAAUGUUAUCAAGAUACUACUGGUACUUUGAGGUUAAAUGCUCCAGCACCGGAUUUUUCUGACAAUUUGCAAGACAAUGAAACAAUCCAAAGUAUGGCCAGAGAUAGUGAUAAUACAAGAAAUGGGGUUGAGGUUAAUUUGUAUUCGCCAAGAAUUCAUCCUGAAAAUGACAGUGUUGAGAGUAGACAACCUGAUAGGCGGAUUGGAGCUCGUGAACCUGUUGAACGGAAUGUUCGUUUCAGUAGAACCCUAAGUGUUGGAAGACUUCGUGACAGAGUUCUUCGUCGGUCAUCAUUGUCUGACUUAACAUUUUGUCCUUCGCAACAAGAGAGAGAAGCAAGAGAUGCUAGUCAGCAUAGUGGUAGACCAGCCUGGGAGAGUGAGACAAGGGAAUAUGUAUCGGAAGGUAAUGCUGUAACAACUCCAGCUGCCUCUGGUUAUCCGCCAUCAAGUACAUCUAGCUCCUUAUUCAGUAUCCAAGAUUACGAGGUGGAAACUUCGCGGUCAAGAGAAGGCAGGUAUCACGAUCUACUAGAACAUAGAUCAAAUUUUCUUGAACGGAGAAGAAGAAUACGAUCUCAGGUUCGUGCUCUUCAGCGGAUGGGAAGUCGUUUUGAGAACCUGUCUGGACAUGAGAGGUCUUGUAUCUUAUCUGGUCAACAUAGAACAGGUCGUUGUACAUGUCGUAUUAAUAGCCGGGAUGCCAAUUUAAAUGACGACACUAGUGCUAGGGCUAGCAUAUCAAGAAUUGUUAUGUUAGCUGAAGCUUUAUUUGAGGUUCUGGAUGAAAUUCACCAGCAAUCUGUGGUUUUAUCCUCCCGACCUUCUGUAUCUUCAAUUGGAUCUGUCCCUGCGCCUAAUGAAGUUGUAGAGUCAUUGCCUGUCAAAUUAUACACUGAGUUGCAAAAACUUCAGAAUGAGGAGGCUGCACAAUGUUAUAUAUGCCUUGUGGAAUAUGAGGAAGGAGACAGCUUGCGGAUAUUGCCUUGUCACCAUGAAUUUCAUAGAACAUGUAUAGACAAGUGGUUGAAGGAGAUCCACAGGGUAUGCCCACUUUGUCGGGGGGAUAUCUGUAGAUCAGAUUCAUUGCCUGAAGAGAACUAAAGUGACCAGUUUUGUAGUAUUCUUCUUAAAGACACCCUGAACUCUUGAGAAGUUGUCCACCUAGACAAGAUUCAAAGAUGAUAGUCAAGUAUGAUGCUUGAGGAAGUUGUGCUCAUUUUCUGCUGAAAUUAUCUUUCUUGGCUGUGGUUAAUUGUUCUAAUUGCACAUUGAAGCAUGGUACCCUGGUAGAAAUGAACUGAUUGUAAUUGGCCACAGAAUUGGAGAGAGAGAGAGAGAAUUGGUUUUUUUUUUUUUCCAGUGAUUACUGUGAAUAUGUUAAAGCAGUUCAUAUUGUUGCAUCUUAAA